AUGCAACAACAAUACAACGGCUAUCCUCAACAGGGUUGGCAAGGGCAAGCUUCUGGUUAUCAGCCCUAUGCCGAGGUUUAUGAUCCCGUAGCUGCAGCUGCUUCCAGUGUUCUGGGCGUUCCUCCCCCUCCGCCACCUGGCUACCAGUACAAUGGUAGCCCAGGGCCCAGUUACGCACCCUCUGCUCGCAGCACUUCCUAUGCAUCGAGUGUGUACUCCAUGACAUCCGCCCACUCCGCUCCCUCCGUGAACGGGGGACAGUACUAUGGGCCUCCCGUUGGCCAGCCUGGCCCUCCGCCAGACCCCUACAUGGAAGAAGAAAUUGCCUCGAGACCUCCCCUCCAGCGUUCGGGGACUACUGCUUCUUUCAAUCUGCGCACGCAGAAGUCGAAAGCGAUUGAUCUCAGCGCUCCUCCGUACACCAAAGAGUACAUCGACCAGUACCGUCAACGCAUAAAAGCUGAUCCCGAUCCCGAGGCGCAUUUUGCGUACGCCAAAUACCUGAUCGAUGCUGCCAAGCACAUUGGGGCUGAUGCGAAGGAUCAGCGAGCAGUCAAGAAAUACCGCGACCUGCUGAUCCAAGAGGCAUUGAAGGUCAUGCGUCGUUUGGCCACGCAAGGGCAGCCUUACGACGAGGCUCAGUUCUUCCUAGCCAACUGUUACGGCACCGGGAUGCUCGGUUUGCAAGUCGACCACGAAAAAGCGUACCAUCUGUACCUGCAGGCUGCCAAGCAGAAUCACCCGGCCUCCUGUUAUCGAGUGGCGGUCUGCAAUGAAAUCGGUGCGGGUACUAGACGAGAGCCGCCGCGCGCUAUCGCGUUCUACCGUAAAGCAGCAUCGCUGGGCGAUACGGCUGCAAUGUACAAGCUAGGAAUGAUACUGCUCAACGGAUCUCUUGGAGAACAAAAGAAUCCUCGGGAGGCGAUAGGAUGGCUAAGGAGAGCCGCAGAACAGGCCGACGAAGAGAACCCGCACGCGUUGCAUGAGCUCGCCUUGCUGCACGAGAUGCCGAAUUCCGGCCUCGUCCCCCAUGAUCCCUACUACGCCAAGAAGUUGCUGACGCAGGCGGGGCAGUUGGGUUAUACCCAGUCGCAGUACAAGCUGGGACAGUGCUACGAAUAUGGCACUCUGACUUGUCCCGUGGAUCCUCGAAGAUCAAUCGCAUGGUACACUAAGGCGGCGGAGAAGGGCAACGCCGAGGCAGAGCUGGCACUAAGCGGGUGGUAUUUGACGGGAGUCGAGGGCAUCUUGAAGCAGAGCGACUCUGAAGCGUAUCUCUGGGCUCGACGAGCGGCGAACAAAGGCUUGGCAAAGGCGGAAUACGCCGUAGGGUACUAUGCCGAACAAGGUAUCGGCAUCAAACAAGACAUCGAAUUCGCCAAGCGCUGGUACAUGCGUGCUGCAGCUCAAGGCAACAAACGUGCAAUGGCUAGAUUGACGGAGAUGAAACGUGGUGGUGCCAGACGCGCCCAGAACCGCCCCACGCGGCAGGAUGCAAAGGACGAAUGUGUUAUUAUGUGA